AUUUGUGCAAUCCUCCCCCACCUUUCACCCUUCGAUUGUUCGAUCCCACGUCUUCUCCACCUUUCUCCUCAAGAACCCCAAUCCAAACCCCAAACCGCCAAAAAGUCCUACGAAAUUGCGCAGAAAUAUCGUCUCGGCUCAGAUCGCGUCUGAGGUGAUCCAGACCUCUGCUGCUUCAUUUCCUCUUGUCGCAAUCUGAUCCCGUAACCAUUAACUGUUCUUCGAUCGCACAAAGCGAGGAAGCAGUGAGUUGAGGGGGGAGGAGGAGGCGAGGGCGGGAUCAUGUCGUCGUUGGUGGAGGAGGAGGAGGCCUUCGAGCACACGCUGCUAGUGGUGCGCGAGGUGUCGGUGUACAAGAUCCCGCCGCGCACCACCAGCGGCGGCUACAAGUGCGGCGAGUGGCUGCAGUCGGACAAGAUCUGGUCCGGCAGCCUCCGCGUGGUGUCCUGCGGCGACCGCUGCGAGAUCCGGCUCGAGGACCCGGCCACGGGUGAGCUCUUCGCCGCAUGCUUCGUGCUGCCCGGCCAGCGGGAGAGCGCCGUCGAGACCGUGCUCGACUCCUCCCGCUACUUCGUGCUCCGCAUCGAGGACGGUAGGGGGAAGCACGCCUUCGUCGGGCUCGGCUUCAACGAGCGCAACGAGGCGUUCGACUUCAAUGUCGCGCUGUCGGACCACCAGAAGUACGUCAAGAGGGAACAGGAGGAGGAGACUGUAGGCGAGGAGAGCGGCGGCGGCGAGAUUGAUCUGCACCCCGCCGUCAAUCGCCGGCUCAAGGAAGGUGAAACCAUUAGGAUAACUGUAAAAAACAAGCCAUCAACUGGAAGUGGCAUGCUUUCAUCUGCUGGUUUAUCUGGAGGAGCCACUGCAAAACCAAAGACAGGCAUGCUUCUUGCGCCACCACCAGGAGCAGCUGGAAAGCUUCGGUCUCCUCUUCCACCUCCACCAAAUGACUCUGCAGCUGCCAGAAUGGAUUCUGGACAUAAUACAGGAACCAGGGCCCCAAAAGAAACAACCAAGAGAAAUAAUGAUCCAUUUUCGGAUCUUUCUGCUAUAAAGCAAAAUCUACCUUCUUCGGGCGAAUCUGGGCGAACAAAGAGCACAGGAGCUGGAUGGGCAGCAUUCUGAUGAUGAUGCACAAUCUCCUAUUGACAUUGUUUUAUCUGAAAAGGAAGAGUAGUGUAGUGUAGUAUUGCCAUGGUACGAUAGCCACGUAAAGAGUGCAGGAGUCUGUUGGUUAGAGGCAUCGAUUUUUCAACAUAUUACCUGUAACCUGUGUCAAUGACAUCCGAGAUAAUCCGAGAAACUAAAAGUGAGCUAGGAUGUCAAACCAUGUGCCACUCAUAAGGAUGGCAAUUUUUAAACGCAUAUGGUUUCCUAGUUUGUUGCAUGAUUAAGAUGCAAUGAGCAAUUA